GCCGGCCCAAGUCUAGACUAGGCUGUCGACGCAACAUCCCUUUCGAAGCCGGCACUCUACACUUCUGGCCUGGCACCGCAUCUUUUCCUACACCCGAGUGACUGACUGACUGCACCGCACUGCAUCUUGGGGAAUGCCCGAGGCCUGAUUUCUCCCCAGACUCUCGCCGGUUCGUGGCCCACAGCCCACGACAAAAGAGGUCAAGUCAAGCAAGCACAACAACGAAACAAACCGGCAGUAGACACUUUGGACAACGCAGCCAAGCAGCCCCCGGUCCACCCUCCGCAUUCCCCCUCCCUCCAGUCCCAUCCUUGUCCGGCCGGAUCCAAGUUUGCGCAUUCCCGCCGACAGCCCCGACCGAGCCAACUUUUUCCCUUUCAAUCCAGCAGCAGCGCCUUAUCACCUGCCUCCACCUCCUGCAUUACUCGCCAUGGCCUCGCCUCCAAAGCCGUGGGAGCGUCCUGGAGCAACAGCCGCCACACCUGCCACUCCCACCUCCGCCGCCACGCCCACCUCCUCCUCGACGACCACAUCCGGUGCUUCUCCUGCGAUACCGCCGCGGCCCGAGUCCCUGACCGCGUCAGUCAACCAGAACGCCGCUGCCUACAGCAGGAUGGGGUCCACCGGCUACGGCUCAUACGGGGCGGGCGCCUACCCAUCCACCUACUCGUCCUACAGCUCGCCAUAUGGCGGCAUGGGUGCCAUGGGCGGCUAUGGGGGUUAUGGGGGCAUGGGAGGAUACGGCGGCGGCAUGUACGGCGGAUAUGGAGGCUACCGCUCCAUGGGAGGCUACGGUGGCAUGGGCGGAUACGGCAUGGGCGGCAUGCAGGACCCCAACAACCCGGAGAGCCUGACCAACAGGGUCAACCAGAGCACCCAGGCCACCUUCCAAGUGCUGGAAGGCAUCGUGGGCGCCUUCGGUGGCUUCGCACAGAUGCUGGAGAGCACGUACAUGACGACACAUUCUAGCUUCUAUGCCGUGGUCGCCGUGGCAGAGCAGUUCGGCAACCUACGCGACACCCUCGGCCACGUGCUCGGCAUAUACACAAUAAUGCGCUGGAUAAGGACACUGAUUGCUAAGAUCACGGGGCGCCCGCCACCCGCCGACGCCAUGUCCCUGACACCAGCCUCCUUCGCCCGCUUCGAGGGCCGGCACGCGGCGGACGGCGCGCCAGGAUCACCAGCGAAGCCGUCCCGCAAGCCCCUGAUCUUCUUCCUCCUGUUCGCCUUCGGCCUCCCCUACCUCAUGACCAAGAUGAUCCGGUCGAUGGCCGCGUCCCACGAGGAGGAGGAGCGCAGGCGGCUGCAGCUGCAGGCCGGGGGCCAGCAAGGGCAGCCCAUCGACCCGUCCAAGCUCGAGUUCUGCCGCGUGCUGUGGGACUUCUCGCCCGAGGCGGGCGGCGCCGGCGGCGACGCCGUGGUCAAGGGCGUCGACCUCGAGGUGAGGAAGGGCGACCUCGUCGCCGUGCUCAGCAAGACGGACCCGCUCGGCAACCCCAGCGACUGGUGGCGCUGCCGCUCCCGCGACGGCCGCAUGGGCUACCUGCCCUCGACGUUCCUCGAGGUCGCCAGGAAGCCCGUCGCCGCCAUCAAGGCCACCGCCUCCUCGCUCGACAGCAGCAGGGCCAACUCGCUCACCAGCAGCAGCGUCGCAAGCCCCGUGGCCCACCAGAAGCCCGAGCCCGAGAAGGUCCCCGUGCCGGCGGGCAAGCCUGGUGACAUCUCUGCGGAGAGCUUCCAGAAGUCGCAGUUCUACAACUAGGAGCGUCGUUGGGCUCCCUACCGCCGUCCUGUUUCCAGGUCAAUUGCUCCUCAAACGCCCUGUGUUAUGCAAUCGGGACUCGUGACGAUGGAGCGGAAGACGCAGCGGUUGUAAAUUCAUGCAUGUCCUUUUUAUAUCCUUGGUUUCUUUUCAUGACGGUCCUGAGGCGCAGUGCCCUCACUGGCUUCGUGGACUUCAAAAAGCUCGGAGUUUCGGCGAGGGGGCAUACGGGGAACUCGGGAGGUUACUUUCAUUUGUCAAUGGGUCUUUGUAGUUGCCACGCUAUGAAUCGACAUUCUUUGAUGGCAUGGUAAUGCGUCGUGAAGCGCAUGGGUAUACUAGAUUCAGCGUCGGACAUAAACCUUGCUUUACUAGGUCUACAUUCAAUGCAUACUGUGAAGUGAGGCCUCACUGUGGAUGUCUUCGGUUCCUUGGCGG